AUGAGGCAGCAGGAUGAGCAGAUCCACUUCUCCACACAUGGGCCGGCGAUCAGAACCGUGAUGAGGCAGCAGGAUGAGCAGAUCCACUUCUCCACACGCGACAGCGAGCCGGAGGUGGACAGCCGAUCGAGGACCUGCUUCACCCUGUUAGGAAACGAUUCGCCCCCUGGUGUCGGAGGCCUCUCUUCUCUGGUGUCCCGCGCGGGUCGGUUCUGUCCGGCCCGCGGCUCCCCUGUGUCCGUGUGUGUGGCGGCUUUUGUCAGCGAGCUGUCGUUUGUGACGGAGCCUCGUGACGUUACGGUCGUGCAGAACUCUCGGGUGGUUCUGGACUGCCAGGCCCAAGGAGAACCUCCCGUGGACGUCAGGUGGCUGAGGAACCGCGUGGCCGUGCGGGAGGGCGAGCAUGUGCGUCUCCUGGCCAACGGCUCGCUGCUCCUCUCCCGCGCGGAGGCGUCCACAGCAGGACUCUACCAGUGCCUGGCCAGCAACACACACGGGGCCGUCCUCAGCCAGAGAGCUCAACUCACCAUCGCAAGUGUGCCGUCCUUCGUGACGCAGCCUGCUCCCGUGACGGUCAGGGAGGGGGCGGUGGCCAGACUCACCUGUGAUGUCAUCAGCAGCCCCUCCGCCAUCGUCACCUGGAAGUUCAACCAAAGAACGCUCGCGGCCGAACCGGACAGAAUCACGGUGCUGCCGAACGGAGCGCUUCAGAUAAGUGACGUGAGACCAGAGGAUGCUGGGAAUUACCGUUGCCUGGCGACCAAUAUCGCCGGGCGGCUUCUGAGUGAUGAGGCCACCCUCUCCGUCCGCUCAGGUGAAGGACCGCCCGUCCUGAUACAUGCUAUCGUCGUGGCUCCACAGAACAUCUCUUCCCCACAGCACCACACCGCCGUCCUGGAGUGUGUUGCCGACGGCAACCCGCGGCCCCUGGUGUCAUGGAGCAGGGCCGACUCCACGCCCAUCGAUGUGUUCCAUGCCCGCGUCCAUGGCAACGGUAACCUGGUGAUCUCGGACGUGCAGCCGCGCCACAGCGGAGUCUACCUGUGCAGAGCCACCACCCCCCGCACACGCAACUACACCUGUGCCGCCGCCAACCUCACCGUGCUCACGCCCCCUACCCUGGUGGAGCGCCCGGAGAGCCAGACCCACCCGCGCGCGGGCACUGCCCGCUUCACCUGCCGCGCCGAGGGGGUGCCCCGCCCACAAAUCACCUGGCUGAAGAACGGCCAGCAGCUGCACUCCAACGGCAGGGUGAAGAUGUACAACAGUAAGCUGGUGAUCACCCAGAUCACGCCGGAGGAUGACGCCAUGUACCAGUGUGUGUGUGCGAGCGUGGCGGGCGUGCGGGUGGGGGGGGCGCGGCUGGUGGUGGUGAUGUCCGAGGACCGUCCGAGCGCCCCCCGGAACCUGCGCGCAGAGACCAUCUCCAGCUCCGCCAUCCUGCUGGCCUGGGACAGACCGCAGUACAACGCCCACAGAGUCAUCGCCUACUCCAUGCACUACACCAACAACCUGGGUGUGAAUAACGAGGAGUACCAGGUGGUGAUCGGUAACGACACGACGAGCUACAUCGUGGACGAGCUGGAGGCGGCGGCCAACUACAGCUUCUACAUCGUGGCGUACAUGCCCAUGGGGGCCUCCCGCAUGUCCCCGCCCGUGUGCCAACACACCCUGGAGGACGUGCCCUUGCGUACCCCGGAGCUGAGCGUGGCGAGCCUGAGCCCCACGGACAUCCUGGUGUCGUGGCGAGCGCUGGCGGGGAAGGUGAGUCGGGGGCGUGUCCUGUCCUACCGGCUGUCCUUCCGCACGGCGCCGGAGCAGCAGGUGAGCGCUCUGGAGUUGCCAGGCAACGUGACGCAACACCUGCUGCAGGAGCUCACGCCCGACACCAUCUACCUGCUCCGCAUCGCCGCGGCAACACGGGCAGGAUGGAGCCAGCCCUCCGUCUGGACCUCUCACCGCACGCCCAAGACCUCCAGCUCCACAGUCCCCCUGGCCCCAGUGCUCCAGCUGCAGCCCAUCAACUGCAGCUCCAUCUCUGUGCGCUGGCAUCCGUCUCCUGGCAGCGCCGUUGCCCUGGGUUACCGCCUCUACUACCACGAGGAGGACCAGCCAGAGGGACACAGCCACCAGCUACCAGCUGAGGAGCAGCAGUACACCAUCACCGGCCUGGGUCCGAGAGAAAAGUACCAUGUGAAGCUUUUGGCCUUCAGUCAGAAUGGAGAUGGUUACCAGGCCGACCAGACGGUCAGCACUCCAGGAUGCCCAUCUGCCCCUACGCGUCGUGUGGCCACGGUCCCGCCCCCAGACCACGUGACGGCCGUAUCCCAUAAUGCCUCUGCGGUGCUGCUGCGUUGGCGGCGCCCGGCGUUCGCGUCGGUCCGGCUGCUCAACUACACGGUCCGCACCAGCGCCGCCGGACCCCAGGCCCCCGCCUCCCUCCACUACACACACACUAAUAACCAGAGUGUGCUGGUGUCCGGUCUGAAGCCCAACACACGCUACGAGUUCUCCGUCCGCCUCCACCUGGACCAGGUGUCCAGCUCCUGGAGCUCUGCCAUCUACCAGAAGACGCUGCCCACAGCGCCCCAGCGUUCUCCAGGGUCCAUCCGGGCGCUGCUGAUCGAGGAGCGGACGGCGCUGGUGUCGUGGGCGGAGCCUGAUCAGGGGGAGGUCGUAGGUCACUACACACUCCUGUACGCAUCACACUCCGCCUGGCUGGCUGGGGAGUGGCACAUCCUACAGAGGGAGGGUUCCAACACGAUGGCUCUGCUGGAGAACCUAGAGCCGGGGAACGUCUACCUCAUCAAGAUCUCAGCGUCCAAUCAGGUGGGAGACGGACCAUUCUCCAGCGCCGUGGAACUGUCCGUACCGAGCCACCACGGGAAGAUGCCCCGACACACACACACACGCUCACACAGCACAGACCUCUCUGAUGACCUCUACAGUAUUGACCAGCGCUCCAUGACGGGGAUCGUUGCUGGCGUGUGUAUCGCGUUGGCCUGCAUCGUCCUGUGUGUGUUCAUCCUGAUUAUCAAGAGCAGAGUCAGCAGGAAGUGUGCACUUGAUAAGCCUGCAGGGCGGCGCUGUGGAGCCACUAUGAUGUCACCUGUUGAUGGACAGCUGGAGAACGCCGAGGUUCUGGUCCCCAUGAUGAGGAACCAUUUCAUGGACCCAAAGGGGGGGACUGAUCUGGUGAUAAACGCGGCGGGUCCGGUCAUCUCUGUGGGUCAGAGCAAGAGCAGGAAGUGGAGCUUCUUCGCUAAGGAGCAGAAUCAUCGAUCCAGGAAGGAAAAGACGCGUGGGUGUGUGUACCUGGCGGGGACAGCCUUGUUGAGGUACGAGGAGGAGCUCACGGUAGCCAAUCAGCAGCCUGAGCGUCUCCGCCUGACCGGAGACUCUGGACACUACUCCCACGAGACUGGAGACUCUGGACACUACUCCCACGAGACUGGAGACUCUGGACACUACUCCCACGAGACCGGAGACUCUGGACACUACUCCCACGAGGAGAGCAGCGAUUCAGCAGACACCUCACCAACAGGGCCAGAAGAACAAGAGCAACAGGAGUGUGUGUCGGAAGAGAUGUCCGCACUGCUAGCCCUGCAGGGGGCGCUGUGGUCCACUCCAGGACUGCAGAUGGCGCUGUGGUCCACUCCAGGACUGCAGAUGGCGCUGUGGUCCACUACAGGACUGCAGGGGCCAGUCUUCCACAGCCUCAUGUAG